UCGCCACCCGCUAAACGAAAGCCGAGGAACGACAGGUCCGGUUCUCACUAUAUGCAAACAUCAGCUGUUCGGAUUUGUAUACUCUUGUAAAGCUGAAAGAUGUACACGAAGGACUUCGAAAUUCCUACAGAGGAGGAACUGACGGUGCAGGAGAUUAAUAUCAGCACGCCGUAUCUGAAAGCUGGAGCUUUUCAUCUGGGGAAACAUUGCGAAGAAAAGAAUAAUGAAUUCAUACUAUGUAGGAAUGAAGAAAAUGAUCCUCGGAAAUGUCUUGGAGAAGGAAAGGAAGUAACAGCUUGUGCCCUAGAUUUCUUCAGAAAAAUCAAGAAGUCUUGUUUGGAAGAGUUUAACCAGUAUGCUAACUGCCUUGAUAAGUCAUCAAAAGACUUCCAGUACCGACAUUGUCGUAACACCCAGUCAGUUUUUGACAAAUGUGUUUUGGAUAAUCUUGGUAUAGAACGACCAGAAUUCGGAUAUUUCUGUCGAGCCAAGGUUGUAAACACAAAGAGACCAUUGCCAGAACCUGAAGCUCUUCCAGAGUUUCCAGGAGCUGCCGAGCCAAUUCCUCCUCCACCCGUCAAAGGAACUGCACGCUAUGGUACCCGUCUGUUUUGGAUGGAGUAAAAUUUUUUUUAGUUUGUCUUGUUAAAUAACUUUUAAUGGCAACAAAUUAUCAUAGAAGAACUAGGUUUUGUUUUUUUGCUAGCAAUUGUAAAUACUUUAUUCAGUCAGUAUGUGGAUGGACCAUCUAAAAACUUGAGACUGAGAUGUAUGUAAUUUAUAAAUAAAAAUUUUAUUUAAAA